CGUAUAGGAAAAAGGCGCAGUUAACGUCGCAAAAAACAACGCGAGGCAGGAACAACGCGAGGCAGUCUAGUUAAAUCCAGUCAGGGAAAAAACAUCAAUAUGUUGAAAGAGUUGGUAAGGGAGCGACUCAUUGGGGUCGCCGACGAAAUCUUCGGACUGUUUGAGAGAACGAUAGCGUCGUACGAGGAGCAACUUUGUCGAGCGAGAGAAGAGAACGAAGAACAACGACGACAACUGGAAGCUGUUAGCAUGACUCAAAUGGUGCUAUACAACGAUGACUUCCAGCAGCUGAUUGGUCGCGAAGAAGACUCGCCUGGCAGGAGCCCCAGUUUAGAGGAUCCUCAGCUCCCCCACAUUAAAGAGGAAGAGGAGGAAGCUGAUGUCAGCCAGUUGCCACUGACGGAGACGCCUGUAGAGUGUGAAGAUGACAAGGAUGAAGCACCCGAUUGGUCACAUAAUCAUCAUCACAGUGGAAACCACUAUGGGGGACCAUCAGCAGACAACCUUUUAGCUUCACUGUCACAGGGUGAAGACACAGAAGCUUUAAGUAUCCAUUCUCAAACACACGCAUGUAAAGAAUACUUUAAAUUAUCUCUUUGCGGUGAAGGAUUUUCUCCAAAACAUCUGAUGAGAGAUACGCAGCCAGGAGAAAAACCUUUUAGUUGCUCAGUUUGCGGUAAAUCGUUUGGUCGAAAGCAGCACAUGCUGAGACACACGAGAGCACACACGGGAGAGAAACCUUUCACCUGCUCAGUUUGCGGUAAAAAAUUCACCCAAAAGCCAAACCUGAUUCACCACAUGAGGACACACACAGGAGAGAAACCAUUUAGUUGCUCAGUUUGUGGUAAAACAUUCCCCCAAAAGCCAAACCUGAUUCAACACAUGAGGACGCACACGGGAGAAAAACCUUUUAGUUGCUCAGUUUGUGGCGCUAGGUUUGCUCACAGGUUCUCUUUGAGCGUACACAUGCGUAAACAUACAGGAGAAAAACCUUUUAGUUGCACAGUGUGCGGUCAAAUAUUCUCGCAAAGGGCAAACAUGCUCACACACAUGAGAACACACGCAGGAAAACAGACACACUUGCACAAUUUGUGAUAAAAUGUAUCUUAAAAAGUCUAGUUUGACAGUGCAUAUGCAGAAACAAAACCGAGAGUAAACAUUUUAGAUUAUGGUAUUUUAUUGUUAUCUUUUGGAAUGUCUUAACAUGUCGAAUGUUCUAUCUUUGUCUUGCUGACAUUU